AUGGAGAACCCACUACAAAUCUUACAGGACAUCAGCUUCUCGACCUGGGUGGCUGUUGUACUUGGAAUAUUGGCGUUUCUGUACUGGCAAGGCGUGCGUUCUUACUACUCGAUUCUAGGUAGUUCUCCUCUACCGGGUCCCAGACCAUGGCCUUGGGUGGGUAACCUUCCUGAUUUUUUAAGAUAUGGCGGUAUGCACAAGAUGCUGCUAAAUUAUUUCUACAAGUACGGCCGCGUCCACACGAUAUGCAUCGGUAGGCAACCCGCCAUUGUGGUCACCGAUCCCGAGAUGAUAAAGCAAAUCACGGUAAAAGAGUUCUGGAAAUUCCCAAAUCGUCCUCCUUUCGUUCGACCGUCACCGCCCCUCGAUUCUGCCCUGUUCAUCGCCCGCGACGAUAAGUGGAGACGCGUCAGGAACACGCUCACUCCAACGUUCACCGCAUCCAAAUUAAAGCAGAUUGUUCCGAUCAUCGAAGAAGCUUCCAAUACUCUAGUAACGAAAAUGCAAAAGUUCUCUGAAACAGGUAAGGAAUAAUAAAACUAUCAGCGUGGCUGCGCAACGUUGGCAAGCAUGACAAAAUAAACACGCCGGCUGUAAGCUCUGGCUCUACACAACGCUAAUAUAUAUAUUGAUCGAAGGUUGUUCCAUCAUCCACCAUACAGUCGAGCCCCGUGAUGCGGACAUUAAGGGGACGGGGACCACAUGCACUAGCUGUCCUCGUUAAGUGGGUGUCGUGUCCGUAUUCAGGGGGUCACGUAAAUUGAGACUAAAGGUCACCAAAAUACACUUUCUACUCUAACAAAAUGUGGUAUGAUGAUCCUUGAUCCUUGCAGAAUUAGUCACGCAUGAAGCUAGCCGAAUCCCAAAUAUCAUGAUUCUCUGUUGUGGGACAGAACAAAUGAUCAAUGCAUUGUAAAGCUUCGUCCUCCGUCCUCACAAGUUUGGUGAUCGUCUGAAAAGGAUUCCUAACUCUAUAAGUGUCCUGAACUUUAGAAAGCCUCCGUACUACGCAUCGGUAUUAGUAUGCGUUGGGACGUAUCGUUGGCAUGAAAAAGCACGUCGAUGCCAGGCUAUUUCCUUACCCCAUCCCAUGGGGAAACACUCAAGGGAAGAUGUGGCGCGGGGGCUUAAACCCUGACCCUGUUUAAGACAAAAAUCGUCCUUUUACCUCAGACCUCAUGCCCCUGGUUCAUUUGACUUCACCGCACAGAAGUAAGUAAUUAUUUAAACUACCAUCAUGGAAUAAGAAUUGUUUUAGGGACAAAAACUUUGUUCGCCCCACCGUAUGUAGGCCGUUCAUCCGGGGGGGGGGGGUAAUCCCUUUUUUGGCCUAUACGGGGAUGUGUCGCUGGAUGGGGUCACCUCGUUUCCAGGUUCUCUCUCGCUCAGUAGGGACAGGGUAUGGUUUUUGACAUCUCUUUCCCGAGAAACGGCGUAUAUAAUUUCGAGUGAGUCUGUCCUAAACAGGAUAAUUAAUUUCCUGUGAGUCUGUUAAACUUAAAGGGUAUAUCAAUCGUGUAGGCUACACGAUUGAUUUUAUUUCCUUGAUUGAAUUUUGUAUACACAAAAAGAAAUGCCUGAUAACGUGAUAAUUUACUCUGUUGCAAUUUUUAAUAAAACAGGGUAUUUCCAAAUAGACAGGGUAAUGAACUUGAGGGUGUUGUUCUAAGCAGGGUAUAUAUCAUAUAGACUUUUGUUCUUGGGCCAUCGUAGUUUGAUCAAAAAUAAAACACAAACAGCGGUAAUAAACAUCGUGAGUUUUCGCAUUUUUAUAAAGUUGACGUUUCGUAUGCUAUUCAACAUACAUUUUCAAAAGUGAUCUUAAGUGACCGUUAAUGAAAACGACUAUAUAUUCAAGGGUAUGUAUUUUAGGACUGUUUUUGUCCUAAACAGGGUCAGGGUUUCAAACCCUCAGCGCUCACCUAUACCUGAAUUUUGGUCGAGCCCCCCCCCUCCCCGGGGGGGGACGUCUAUUCCCAACCUUCACACUCAUUUAAAGGCUUCGGGUCCAAAAAUGCACCCAGAGCUCAUUUUCCUCAAGUUAGAGAUAAGCCUCUUCAAUUAAGUUAGUAGUUUCAAACGAUCAGCGCUUCGAAUUACUUAGGAUUCGAGUUAGCGGGAGUUAUAGGUACUACAAAUAUUAUGCUGCUUAUUUAGGUGAAAGCGUGGAAGUUGUUCAGUUGUUCAGCUUGUUUGCGUUGGACGUCAUCAUGAAAGCAGCCUUCGGAGUAGAGAGCAACAUUCAAGUAAAGCCAGAUCCAGUUUUCGUGGAGAAAGCCAGGUCUGUCUUCCAAACACCGCUCUGGGUUCGAUUCUUUUCCAUGUUUCCAUUUUGGGAGUACUUCAGCCGAUUCGUCAGCCCUCUGCAGAACGUUGAUUAUUUUUCAGCAGUACAGAAAGAGGUCCUUGACAGAAGACGACAGCAGGGUUUCAGUGGAAAUAGGGACCUGGUGCAGCUUAUGCUGGAGGCACACGAGGAGAACAUCGAUGGAGUUAGUAGACUCAGUGAUGACGAGGUUACGGCCCAGUCAGUGGCGUUUCUUGUGGCUGGCUACGAAACUACAGGUAAUAUGAUACACUGAAUAGUAAAGAUUUCCUGAGUACCGAAAAAGGAAGUCUCGUGCCCCUAUAACACAGCACAAAUUUAGCCAAACUAUACCGAAGUUAAUGGCAUUAUUAUUGUUCACGUUCGCUAAUGAGAAGAUCAUUUUUAAUAUUGUUUCAUGGAAGCUCCGCGCGCGAAACGCGCGCGAAAGGAGCACCCUGGGUAAACUUGCUUUUUCUAAGUCACGUGACCUUGAGGCGUGUGUCCACCCACUAAUCCAAUGUUAAAUGUCGCAUCUACAAAACCAAGCGGCCAUUCAGUCGAAAUGAAAAUAUAUGGGAUGCCAUCGUUCUUUGAUGGUUUGAUGUACGCCAUCUGUAUCAAAGUCAUUGACAGCUGUCAAAUGGGGCAUCUGCUGAUCGACCUUCUCAUAUGAUCGUAUCGCGGGUUUAGGGGUGUUUAUGAAUAUUUCAUUGGAUCGUGGGUCCAAGUUUUAAUUUUCAUGUAAAAUGUAUUUGUUUCGAUUUCAAUGGUUAAAAUUACUUCAAGACGAGGGUCUCUGAUUAUUACCAAUGGAAUCUCAAAUACCAGCUCCUGACUCCCGUCUAAUCUAUGAGCAGCGAGGGAUCGCGGAACUGAUGAAAACAGUCAUGGCAUCCUUAUAGCUGCAUACGGCAAGGUUCAGCAACAUCGAGUGCAUCCUAAGUUGUUAUUCUACUAGAUAGUAAAAGGAGAUUUUGAUUUUUGAGCUCGAUCUGUUAGCAGGAAAAAAUGCCCCACUCGCAGUUCGUCACAAACCCGGUGAAAACAUUAUUAUUCACCGAGCCUAAAAUUUAUAUUUAGUUAUAUCAUCCUUAUUUAUGCAUCUUAGCUAAUAGUAACGUUCUUUCUUAAAGGUAACACCUUAACCAGCAUUGCAUAUUAUCUGGCCACGCACCCGGAUAUUCAAGAUCGCCUCAUUCGGGAAAUCGAUGAAGUACUGGCAUCAAGUGGUGACAAGCCCCUUUAUGACAUCGUCCAAGGAGCAGUGUACGUGGAUCAAGUCAUAUCUGAGGCCCUUCGUCUCAGUGGCCCUGCAUUCCUACUUUUAAGGGAGUGCGCAGAAGAGACAGUCAUCAAGGGAGUGAGAUUUCCCAAGGGUGUUGGUGUCAAUAUCCCCACGUACGUUCUUCACCAUGACCCGGAAGUUUGGGACAAGCCCCAGAAGUUUAACCCCGACAAUUUCUCCCCCGAGGCAAAGCAGAAGCGAGACCCAUACUCCUAUCUUCCGUUUGGAACAGGUCCCCGUCAGUGUAUAGGAAUGCGUCUUGCCCUACUGGAGAUUAAGCAAGGGUUAUUCAAGAUCAUGCAACGAUUCAAGUUCGAACGAGCCCCGGAAACAGUGCCUGUCUUAGAGCACAGAGCUGUGUUAAUUAUGGCUCCCAAGGGGAAAAUAUAUGUGAAGAUCAAGUCUCGCUAA